AGCCGGGCGAGACCCACGCUCCAUGGGUGAUGAAACCGCGGCGCCUCGCUCUCCCUCCAUCCCUUUCCAAGACGCUCUCCACCCGCAUCUCUCGCUCUCUCCAAACCGCCGCCAAAGCUCUUCUGGAAGAGCAAAACGCUGCCACCUCCGCCGUCAUCCCCUCGCUCCUCCCCACUGCCAACCUCUCCCCGCCGCCUUCGCCCCCGUUUUCCUCCCUCUCCGCCGCUGCCGAUUCCCCUCCUAUCUCCGGCACCCAACUCACCACGUCCGGCUUCUCCUCCGCCCCUCCCUUCCGCCGCCAUCUCCUUUGGUUUCGCUUCGGUUCCCGCUCCCCUGACCUCGCCCGCCAAGUCUUUGACGUAAUACCCCACCCGGCCCUUGUCUCAUGGUCCGCCCUCAUCUCCAACUACGUCCGCAGCGGCCUCACCCGCGAGGCCCUCCUGGCUUUCAAAAAGAUGCAAACUUUAGGCAUCCGGAGCAACGAGUUCACCCUCCCUACCCUUCUCAAGGCCUGCUCGGCCUCGUCGGAUUUCAUUGCUGGCACCCAAAUCCAUGCUGUCGCGAUCGUCACUGGGUUCGAAUCCGACGUCUUUGUCGCCAACACCCUCAUUGUCAUGUACGCCGGCUUCGGCCUCCUCUUGGACUCCCGGAAGCUGUUCGACGGCAUUGCUGGUCGGAAUGUGGUUUCAUGGAAUGCACUGCUUGCGGGGCAUGUUAAGAAUGAUCAAUGCGAGGAGGCAGUUGGGCUGUUUAGUGGGAUGGUGAUGAGUGGAAUCAGGCCGAACGAGUUCGGGUUCUCAUGUGUUUUGAAUGCUUGCACGGGUUCGCAGGAUUUGCAUCAUGGGAGAGAAGUUCAUGGUUACCUCACUAGGCUUGGGUAUGACUCAGACCCUUUUACUGCCAACGCACUGGUGGAUAUGUAUGCAAAGUUGGGGAAUAUCAAAGCUGCAGCUGCAGUUUUCAAAGGGAUAGCUCGGCCUGAUAUUGUUUCAUGGAAUGCUUUCAUUGCUGGAUGUGUUCUUCAUGGGCAUGAUAACUGGGCUUUAAGGUUGUUGUUGGAUAUGAGGUGCUCUGGAAUGCUUCCAAAUGUGUUCACUUUGUCGAGUAUUCUGAAGGCUUGUGCUGGGACAGGGAUGUUAUUUCUGGGACAGCAGAUACAUGGCAAUCUGAUCAAGGCUGGCUCUGAUUCAGACAUGUUUGUGGGUGUCGGGAUUGUUGAUAUGUAUGCCAAAUGUGAUCAUUUAGGAGAUGCGAGGAAAGCCUUUGAUUUGAUCCCUAAGCAGGAUACGAUUUUGUGGAAUGCUUUGAUCUCAGGAUGUUCACACAGCGGGAGUGAUCAGGAGGCUUUGUUUCUCUUCUCAAAGAUGAGGCUGGAAGGUUCCAUCUUUAAUCGGACCACAUUGUCGGCAGUUCUUAAAUCUAUUGCAAGCUUACAGGCUACCAAUGCGAGUAAAGAUGUUCAUGCCCUUGCUCUGAAGGCAGGAUUUUUGUCGGAUCCUCAUGUUGUAAAUGGUCUUAUUGACGCAUAUGGGAAGUGUAAUUGCAUAGAGGAGGCAGCAGGAGUUUUCAGGGAAUGCUCAUUUGGGGAUGUGGUGGCCUUCACAUCUAUUAUCACUGGUUACUCUCUGAGUGGGCAAGGGGAGGAAGCUAUGAAACUUUUCUAUGAGAUGGUAAAUCAGGGGCUUAAGCCAGAUUCAUUUGCCUUAAGUAGCCUCCUCAAUGCUUGUGCUAGUUUAUCUGCAUAUGAGCAAGGGAAACAAAUACAUGUUCAUGUGCUGAAGAUGGGGUAUAUGUCUGAUGGGUUUUCUGGGAAUGCACUCGUCAACAUGUAUGCCAAGUGUGGGAGCAUAGAGGAUGCAUCCUUAGCUUUUUCUGAGAUAUCUGAGAGGGGGGUUGUCUCAUGGUCUGCGAUGAUUGGAGGGCUUGCACAACAUGGGCAUGGGAAGGAGGCAUUAAAUUUGUUCCAUAAGAUGCUUGAUGAGGGUGUUUCUCCAAACCAUAUAACCUUAACUAGUGUUCUUUCUGCAUGUAAUCACGCUGGUCUUGUUGAUGAGGCAAAACGAUAUUUUGAGUUGAUGGUAGAGCUGUUUGGCAUUGAACAGACGCACGAGCAUUAUGCCUGCAUGGUUGACCUUCUCGGCCGUGCUGGGAGACUAAACGAGGCAAUGGAGCUUGUAGAUAGCAUGCCUUUUGAAGCCAAUGCUUCGGUGUGGGGAGCACUCCUGGGGGCAUCCAGAGUGCAUAGGAAUAUAGAAUUGGGUAGGAAAGCGGCUGAGAUGCUCUUUUCGCUGGAGCCAGAGAAGUCUGGAACCCAUGUUCUUCUUGCUAAUAUAUAUGCUUCAUCUGGUAUGUGGGACGAUGUUGCCAAGGUGAGAAGGUUGAUGAAAGAUAGCGGGGUGAAGAAGGAGCCUGGCAUGAGUUGGAUGGAGUUGAAGGACAGAGUAUACACUUUCAUUGUGGGAGACAGAAGCCAUGAGAGGACUACAGAAAUAUAUGCUAAGCUAGAAGAAUUGGGUGAGUUGAUGAACAGAGCUGGGUAUGUUCCUAUGGUGGAGACUGACCUCCAUGACGUGGAGCAAAGUGAAAAAGAGGUGCUUCUUUCUCACCAUAGUGAGAAGCUUGCUGUUGCAUUUGGGUUGAUUAGUACUCCAGCUGGAGCCCCCAUCAGAGUGAAAAAAAAUCUUCGUGUGUGUAAGGAUUGCCACACAGCAUUCAAGUUCAUCAGCCAAAUUGUUUCAAGGGAGAUUAUCAUAAGGGAUAUCAAUCGUUUCCAUCAUUUCAGGGAUGGGUCAUGUUCUUGCGGUGAUUAUUGGUAAUGUUUGAAGGAAUAAGGACUGUUUCUCAUCUGAAGAGACUACAUUCUAUUUAUGCAAAGACUAACAGGAACAUGGAAAUUAACAUAGGGUGAGUUGUAGCUUGGCAUGAUAUGGUUAUUUUAUCAUGACACCGAAUUUUUUGGCAGGAACUGGCAGUUUCUUCAGUUUGGUUGAAUAAAUUAUGCAAAGAAUGUUUGUUUGGAUCUGUGACAUAGGACUCUGAGCCAGGUGUCUGAAGAUAUUCAUGAUACUGAAUUUUUGGUGGGAUUUGGGAAUCUCUUCACUUUGGUUGAAUAAAUUAUGCGAAGACUGCUGGGUGGAUUUGAGACAUAGGACUCAGAACCCAGGUGGACGAAGAGAUUUUAGAAACAUCCUUUGUUUACUCUGUCAUCUGGCUGUAUAAUAUAUUCAUAUCUCUUACAUAUUUAAUUUACAUGAUAUGUUAUUAUCCUGGCAAAAGUACAAUUCCUUGAGCAAGGGCAAUUCUCCAUCAAAACUGUUUGUUGUUGUUUUUACCUUUGCUUUCACCAUGUAUUGUAACCCAUUUGAUCACUGAUUACAAAAUAAGAAUUUACCAACUUUGUUUUGUA